AUGUUGGCUACAAAAUUUUCUCCAACAAGAAUUAGGACAGCAAGUAUUUCUCGAAGUGGACGAUCACGGCAAAGAUUUGUAAAAAAUAUGAAUGCAACCAAAAUGCUUUCACCUAACAUCAUAUCUAUAAUACAAGAUUCUAAUUUCUGG